AUGACAAUCAUUCAGCUUCAAGACAACAAUUUAACUGGAGUGAUUCCAGAGGCUUUUUCUAGUAGCAAAAACCUGCUAGAGCUGCAGCUUGGGAACAAUUUGCUUGGGGGUCAUUUUCCUUGCAGUCUGAGUAGAAUAGAAAAUCUUGAGAGUCUGAACUUGAGUAUUAACAAGUUUUCUGGAGAAAUCCCUGGAUGCAUUGGCAAUCUCAAAAUGUUGCAGACUCUUGAUAUCUCAAACAACAGUUUCGUAGGCGAGUUACCAUCAGCAGACAAUAUGGUAUCACUUCGAUUUGUGAACAUAUCAUAUAACCAACUCUCAGGCCAAAUUCCAUCUGUUUGGGCAAAGGCAUUGGAGUCAGAUCCCAGAACGACUCUGGGAAAUCCAAGACUCUGUCUAGCAUCCAUGAAAGGCGGCAACUGCAGAAGUCACAAGAAAGCACAUCCAGGAGGUCCAGUCCUCGCGGGUAUAAUAAUUGGAUCAUUUUUCUUGACAGUAUGCCUUCUUGCAGCCAUAUACACGUUAUUAACUCGUUUUUGGCACCGUACCCCAUCAUCUUCUCAUCAAGAUCUGCUGUACCAUCAAUCAAGAAAUGAAGAGUUACCAGAAGAUCUGAAUUUCAUGGAUAUUCUUCGUGCAACUGAAGGUUGGAGUGAUAAGCAUGUGAUUGGAAGAGGCAAGCAUGGGACUGUGUAUAGAGCAGAGUCAGUGAAAUCAAAAAAGCAGUGGGCAAUUAAGAAGGUGGAUCUGAGUGAGUCAAAAUUCAACUCAGAGAUGAGAAUUUUGAACCUAGUCAGACACAGAAAUAUACUUAGAAUGGGAGGUUACAGCAUCAGAAAUGGAUAUGGAUACAUUGUUACAGAAUACAUGCCUGAGGGCACUCUCUAUCAUCUACUGCACAAGAGACUACCUCGCGUAGCUUUGAGCUGGGAGCAGCGAUGCCGUAUUGCUCUUGGAAUAGCUCAAGGUUUGUCGUAUCUUCACCAUGACUGUGUACCUCCAAUCAUUCACAGGGAUGUCAAAUCAGACAACAUUCUGCUGGAUUCGGAAUUUGAACCCAAGAUUGGAGAUUUUGGGGCAGCAAAAUUGGAUUCUGAAGUUGAUGAAAACGAAACAGAUUCUGUAAUUGUUGGAACACUUGGCUACAUAGCACCAGAGAAUGCAUAUGCAACAAGGUUGACGGAUAAAUGCGAUGUAUACAGCUAUGGAAUAAUUCUACUGGAGCUUGUGUGCAGAAAAUUACCGGUGGAUCCAAGCUUUGAUGAGGGCUUAGAUAUUGUCUCCUGGGUAAAGACGACAGAACAUGGUUGCAACUAUAAUUUCGGUAUCUUGGAUGAAGAAAUAAUGCACUGGGAGAGAGAGGAGCAGCAAGAAGCACUGGCGAUGGUGGAUAUUGCUUUACAAUGCACUGAAAUGGUUCCAGAUAUUAGGCCCUCUAUGAGAGGUGUCGUGAGUUCCCUUCUUAACUUUCAAAGCAAAUUCGAGGUUGGUGUGAGAAUUCAUUCAACCCCCUAGCUUUAAAGUGAAUGCUGCUACAUUAAUGCAAGGGCAAUCGAAGGAGAAAGGUGAUAUCUAUGUUCAUGCCAAGCCAGUAUUAGGACUUAGGAUAAGGGAAAAUACGUUCUAAUACGUUUCAGUUAUCCAUAUAUCAUUAUCUAUCUUUUAUAUUAAGUAUUAGGAUUUGCUUUGAUUUAUUUAGAUUUGUUAACAAGAUUAGUUAGAGAUGUCAGAUCGCAAGAAUAAAAUUUGGUC